AUGGCCACUCCUUCGGAACAGACUGAUGAUGGUGCCUUGAGCUACGAUCCCGCAGUUGUUUCGGGACCCUCCGAGAGACCGGCCGAUGGUGACACCAACGAGAGGUUGCCCACGAACGAAUCACCCGGCACUCCCAACCACGUCGCAGUUCCGUCACAAUUGUCCCGGCGCCAAAAUCUUCUACGUCAUUACCAUGGCGUGAAAAACGCUGUAUCUGGCCGGCUACUGCGUUUUGUAGAAUGGCUUGACUCGGUGCAGGGCCGCGGUGUGUUGAAAUGCACUUUUGCAUACACACUGGCAAGCCUGGCAACCUUUGUUGGCCCGCUAUCUGACUUUUUGGGAAGACCAGAUGGCAAACAUGUCGUUGCUACUAUCACCGUGUACUUUCACGCCGCGCGCUCCGCAGGCUCCAUGAUAGAGGCCAUCUUGAUCGCAAUUAUCGCCAUUGCGUAUGCCGAAAUGGUCUCCAUACUCUCCAUGGUGGCCUCUGUUGUGGUGGGAGCAAAGCUGAACCUGGUAACUCUUGCCCAUAUUAUGGUAGUAAUUGUCUUCAUAGGCGGAGGGUUUGGAUUCAUGGGCUGGGUGAAGCAACGAAUGAACAACCCCCUUGUCAAUGUUGGCAGCACAUUGGCGUCGAUAGCGAUUAUUUCCGUCGUCACCAAAGAGAAUGCUGUUGUGUACAACGUCUUUUCGAAUCAAAAGAUAGCACAGGUCCUCAAAAUGCUUGUCAUGGGCAUCACAAGUGCGGCAGCUGUCAACUUACUCAUCUGGCCCGUGUCAGCAAGAACACAGCUCCGGUCGUCCAUGAUGAAGGCGUCCACAGCCCUCGGCGAUAUACUGACUGCAGUAAGCUCCAGCUUCCUUCGGGGGGAUACGCGGCAUGACAGCCCAAACGACAUCUCCAGAGCUUCCUCCUCUUACAAACAGAUGCAUACGACCGUCCUCAAAGAUCUGAGAGAGGCGAAAUUUGAACAUUACUUUCUCGGCCGCGAGAAGGUGUAUGCUGUAGAGCGCUCUAUUGUCAAAGCAAUAGAGACGCUGGCGCAAUCCAUCGGCGGCUUGAGGAGUGCGACCAAAACACAGCAAACGCUGUUAAACAGCAGCGCGAUCGAUCCCUCGUGUGCGGCAUCAAAUCUUUUUGCAACAUUUACGGACAUGAUUCGCCCGUCAAUGCAGGAACUGACGGAUGUACUCACUCUUGUACUUCACGAGCCCGUGUUUGGCGGCCCGCCUGACUAUGAAAUUCGCAUCAACGAAAACUUGCGUCAGGCCCUGACAUUAUCGUUGGCAGCAUUCACUGCCUCGAGGGUGGAAGCCUUGCAGCACGUGUACGACUUGGCAUCGCGUCACGCCAACACCCAUGGAUUCGGGAGCAACCUUGCGCUGGAGGAAAUGGCGGCCGCCUGUGGUCACUUCAGCUUCAGUCUCCAAUCAUUUGGCGAAGAGAUGCAAAAGUAUCUGGAUAUGCUUGAAGACCUCAGAUAUGUUACUGACCAUUCUAAGAGGAGCUGGAGGUGGCUGUUGUGGUGGCGGACAGAAAUGCACCGUAGCUACAGCAUGUCUGCUCCCCCGUUCGAGCCAUCGGAAUCUGAAAGACUCAUAAAACCAAUCAAGAAAAGUUCAGUGCCUCAUGGGAUACCCGAGUCCAUGUUGGAGCGAAGAGACAUGUAUAGUUGGGAAGCUGCACCAGAUGAAAACAAGUGGCUUGCCAGAAUAUCACAAAUGGCACUCAGAACUGUGAGAAAGGUGGCGCGAGAUGACAUUUUGUUCGGAAUCAAGGUGGGAAUCGGAGCGUCACUGUGGGCAAUGUUUGCCUUCCUAGACGCAACUCGGCCGAUUUAUAAUCAUUAUCGUGGAGAAUGGGGCCUCUUGUCUUUCAUGAUUGUCUGCUCCAUGACGGUUGGGGCAUCUAACACGACUGGUUGGUCGAGAUUUGUUGGCACUUUUCUUGGUGCCGUCUUCUCCAUCGUCAAUUGGAAUUUAAGUCAAGGGAACGCCGUUGCCCUUGCUAUUCUAGGAUGGGCUGUCAGCUUCUUCAACUUUUACCUCAUCGUAGCCUGUGGCCGGGCACCACUAGGAAGAAUGACAAUUUUGGCUUACAAUGUCUCAACGCUGUACGCCUACAGUCUAAGCCAAAAGGUCGAUGAUAACGACGAUGAUGAGGGUGGUGUACAUCCUCUGAUCAUGGAAAUUGUGAAGCACCGAGCAAUUUCUGUGACAACUGGCAUUCUUUGGGGACUGAUUGUGUGCCGUGUGAUUUGGCCCAUAUCGGCCCGAAGAAAAUUCAAGGAAGGCAUCUCGGUUUUGUUGCUCCAAAUGGGACUAAUCUGGCGGCGAGGGCCGCUGGCUAUCCUGCUACGCACUGACUGCUCUCAGAGUUACCUCAAAUCCGGCGAGCAGGCCGCCCUACAAAGGUACGCUGAUCGGCUUGAAAGCCUUCGGCAAUCGGCUUCUUCCGAAUUCGAGCUGCGAGGGCCGUUCCCCUUCCAAGCAAACGGGCGUAUUAUGCAGUGCGCGAAUAAGAUUCUCGACAGCUUCUAUGCCAUGAGUCUGGUAACCCAACCGAGAGGGACGUUGACGCGUGGUGAAAAGGCUUUGCUCGAGGUCACUGCUGAAGAGCGAGCCGUUCUCUGCGACCGCAUAUGCCACAUCUUCCAAGUUCUGGCAAGCUCCAUGAUGCUAGAAUAUCCGUUGACAGACGCCAUACCAAGUAUCUUGACUACGCGUGACCGAUUGUUGAGCAAAAUAUUCCGAUUCAGGGAGGAAAACAAUGUAGCCACACAAAUUGGAGAGUCUAGUAGGAACGGCACGAACCUGGGUAGUCACGAGCAGUCAAAUGUGACUGCCGUCGAGAGCGAUUACGCUCUGCUCUACGCCUAUGUGCUUGUGACGGGACAGGUGGCCGACGAAUUGAGAGUCGCUGCAGUAGAGAUUGAGAGUUUAUUUGGGGUAUUGCCUGGUGACUCCGCAUUACUAGAAUAG